UGCAGCUUUGUUCAAAAUCCUUCAUUUAAAAAUCUAGUUUUCUCAGCUGAAAAACUCUUUACUUCUUGUAUCUCUUUCCUUGGGUAUUCAAGAAGAGUAGAUGUUCAAAUUCAGGGUAAAUAAUAGAUGGUUUGUUAGGUUUUUGGUGGAAUAAUAUGAGUGAUUUUGAGCGACAUGAGAACGGAGUCGCAUGUCUGUCCUCAACGAGUUCAAAAUCCACAGAAAGUCUAGAGGAAAAUAUACGCAAAAUACUGAAUGUUGUUGAUGGAAAAGGCCGUGUUCUUGUUGAUAGUAAUGACAUGGCCGAAGCAGCUCAACAACUCACCGUAGAUGCCAACGGCUUCCAUGAAUUUCUGUCUCAAAUACAAUACGAAAAUAACCCCAAAACAAGCGAUAAAAUGGCUAGUGGACAAUUUGCUUCACCCACGAGGAGAUCAAACAGUUGUCCUGAAGACCUAGCAAAGCAAAGCGAUUAUAAACAAAGGGAGAACGAGAAUAAAGGCAGCGAUAAAGGACCAAUUCGUGAGACUUGGGAGAUGGAUAGUGGUACUCAUGAUCUGGGCAACUACGAACCAGCUUUACAACAACUCAUGUCUGCUGCAACUGGUAAAGGACAAUCUAGAUCCUCUAACUUCUUAGAAUUAGCGAAUACGCUUCAUCUUGCUGCUCUAGCAUCUCUGAAAAAUGAAAUCGUUGACGUUUCUGGAAAACUACAACAAGUGACAGAAGAAAGAGAUUCCAUCAAGACGAACAUAGAAUUCACAAAUGAAGAACGUAAAGAACUGAUACGUGACUAUGAAGAAAGACUCUUGUCUCAAGCUCAGCAGAGUGAGGAACAGAUCACUGAAUUACAAAGCGUUAUUGCUGAACUGAACAAGAAGUUAGCCAAUGCAUCAGCCAAUAAGAUAGAAGAACUGGAAGAAGUGGAAUCACAGACGUCUGAGCAUGGUUCUCGCAGCUCAGAGAGUCUAGAAUCUCUUGAAGAUGAAGAUGAAGUAGACGAUGAACUGUCUAAAGUUGUUGGUGACUUGGAGUUUGCCAUCGAGAGAGAGAAACCAGAACCAAAAGACAACAAGAAAGAUAAAGAGCCCAUCAAAGUGACGGUGAAGGUGACUGACGAUAAAUCUAAUAAUGUAAUAGAAGUGAGUAAAGCAGUGGGUAGCCGUGCGUCUACUGACAAUAAAUCACAGGAAUGUAACCAGUUGAUGGAAAAAGCACGACUGCUGAGGGAACAGUGCGUGGAACUCGAGAAGAAAAAACAAGUUUUGGAGCGUCAGCUUCAACAAGCAAGCCUACGAGAGUAUGUCGCAAGGAAGAAGUCCUCGAGUAUCGGUAGCGAAGGACAAUCACAGGAUGCGCAGACUCCAUGUAAUGAAUGUGCAGGUCUGCGCACCAAGCUCAACCAAACCACACAAGAACUAGAGACAUCGAGGCAGGAGAUUAGCAGCUUUAGAGAAGAACGAGACAAGUUAAGGAAACGAAUUCUCGAAAUGCAAGAUCAUCUCAAAGCUCUUCACCAAAAAACGAUAAACUUUGAAACCAGGUCUCGUUCAUCGAGCUUCCACGAACCGGGCUCCAAGUCACCACGGCAACCGAGAGCAAAUCCUCCCCAACCAGGGGAUCCCAGGGGACCCCACACAGGCAGUCGGUCGUUUCCUCGUCAGACGAGUUAUAGCAGCAAUGCUUCUGAUGUGUCUAGUCGUGAUGGCUUCUUGGCGGCGUCACCUCGUACAGCAAGACGAUCAAGCAUCGAGAACCUCAACAACUCCAUGUCUAAAAGUCGUUCUCCCUCUACCCCCCGGCGAUCUGUUACACUACCCGGUAACUACACGAGACGUGCUAGUGGUAGUAGUAUGUCGGGGCAAGGGUUACCAGACAGCCCCACUAUGACCCCCAGGGGAAGUGUCCAGUCUGUCGCGUCGAGUCAGUCGUUUUGGAGAGGGGCUGGCACUAGUGAUUUAGGAUCGUCGCAAGGUUCGUCUUCACAGGAGAUAACAGUGAUAGCGAGACCUGUGGAUGAUACCAUGGAUACAAGGACUAGUGGUGAUCACUGUAUUAGAUCUUUGAGUCAACUACCAGAGUUCGCUAAUGGUCGCUUACCUAACGAGCUCCUACGGUCACUGCGCAGCUGCAGGAACUUACAAGAUGUCUACAAAGUGUUGUUUAGUUACUGUGAUGAUCAAGCGGACAAGAAGCUCAAGGAAUAUGAACUAGAAAUAGAGAGAUUAAACUGUACCGUUGAACAUUUACAGUCACAGAUCAACGUCUUGUGUCUGUCACUGGAGGAGAGUCGUGAAAACGCUGAAAAAAUGUGUGUUUUGAUGGGCAAAUAUGAAUCUAACAGCACUGCUUCUCAGCUCUCGUUAACCUUCUGUGACAAGGUUAUCGAAACGUAUGAAGUAUUACUACAGCUUUCCGAGUCAGAACAGUCUUGUUUAUUAGCUAAUUGUAAAGCUGCUGGUGUGAAAACCGGUUUAAAUUCGUCAUACCGGUUAUUAUAUCCAGAAAAUUYGAUAAAGGAUGAUCAGUCUGAUGACGUAGACGCGUGUCUUGUGCGCAGGCGCACGGCAGAAACAGAAGCGCGUUCUCUUUUACAAAAACUUGACAAAGAUUUAGAAGAACAAUACAUCAAGGAGCAGCCUUGGGAAUCCGUGUCGUCCCGCAGUAGAACAAGUUCGGGAUCCUCGAACGAGAACAUGGAGUUCACGCGCGAGGAGGAAACAAGGCUAAAGAGUUAUAUUCAACAGUUGAAAUCUGAACGAUUAACAGUAGGAUCAACGGUAUUGGAACUGCAAGGUGUUCAUGAUGUACCAGAACCACAAAAAAUAGAUUCACUAGACCCUAAACUAGACCUGGAGAAUGCUGUCUUGAUGCAGGAAUUAAUGGCACUCAAGGAGGAGAAGGCGGAACUCAAAGCUAAGAAUUAUUUAAUUGAAAAAGAAAAGAAAGCUCUUGAACUGAAAAUCAACUCGCGUGAGGCACAYGAACAGGCGUAUCUACUGCAGAUUGAACAACUCAAGUCUGAGAUAAGAGAAGAAUUGAAAAAAAGACGAAGAAUAGAAAAAGAAAGAGAUGCUGGGAAUAAGGAUGGUAACCUAUCUUCCGGUAAUCAAUCCAGCUCUGGUUCAGGAUCAGGUAACUUGUCAGACAUCCGUAUCAGUGAUGAUGACUUACCAACAGAUCUACACGAGGCAGCAAUUCGUGAGAAGAAGCUUCGCGCUCGUAUUAAAGAGCUGAUGGAGGCGCUCGAGAGCCUGUCGAAAAACUCCGAAACCAGACACACUCAGACAGCGGAGUACGUGAGUGACUUGAAGAGAGCGAACGGAGCGCUGGUCGCUGCUUACGAGAAAGCAAAGAAGAAACAUGCUGCGAGGCUACGAAAAUUGGAACAGCAAAUGAUGUGUGUUGUGGAACGACAUGACGCGCAGGUUCGAACCCUAAAAGAAAGAAUCUCAUUACUAGAAGAAGAAGUGUCGAGUAGACAGAAUGAAACUGCUCUAUAAGAUAACGAUGAUGGAAACGACGUUGUAAAAGGGUGUGGUUUAUCCCUACCUCUUGCUCCGCCCAACUGUUUUGACAGUUAAAAAGAAUCGCUAGUAUUUCGUCCACAAGGAAAGAAAGGACCAAGGACUUGCAAUUUUUGAAUUACGAACGGGUUGUCAAGACAUUCAUCUUAAGGUUCUAAGGUGAACGUUUCUUGGAAAUACGCCGGUGUUGUGGAAGCACGGGUUAAUCGAAGUCAGUAGUGAUCACAAUAAGCCUGUGAAGAAACAUCGACAAACAAGGAAAAGGAAACGGUUUUCUGUUUAACAUAGACGAUCUUGUUCUACGGGGUUAUUUGAUCUACCUAACCUGAGCCUGCAGUCCUUUUGUUCUGCGGUUGGUAAGGAAACAAUCUGAAUGAAAGAGAUUAACCAAUGAUAUUAACCCGCUUUUUCUGUUUCCCUUUUACGAUCUUGUCCAAUCAAAAAGAUGAAAGUUGAUGCUUUUCAAAAUCCUUUAUCUUAUGACGUCGAUCGCUGACCUAAAGGAAUGCAUGCUCAGCUACACGAAGGGUUCAAACGAUAGUCAACAGUCAGUUGUACAAUCGAAUCAAUUAUUGUAUUGCAGACAUUGCUCACUAGUGAGUAGUACUUUGUUUGUACGGACCCAUUCCUCCGCCCACACCGGACAAAAAAUACCUCGGAAGAAUGGGGAAUAUAAGGAUGUUUUCAAUCAGUCAAACCAUUCUAUCUUUAAAAUAUACCUUGCUCUGAUUGGUCGGCUAUUCGUCCAAUCAAAACAUGUGUGAUUGACGUCACAAACAAUGAAACGAAUCAAUUUUUGAAGGAGAACUUCAAAUCACUUCUCAUCACUAGAUUUCUGUUCUUAUGUUUCACAGGGAAAGUCACUUGCGCUUCAUGUGGUUUCAUGGGUUUUGAAGGGAUCCCAAACGAGUUUAAGUUAAUAACAUUUCUUAUCAAAAAUUUUGCAUGCGAAUUAUUAUUUUUUACGCUUAAAAUGCUAUGAAUUAAAUUGAAAGUCAAUAAAGUCUUGUGUAAAGAAAGCAAAACGAAAUAAAAGCUGAAAAAGUAACUAUCA